AUGGAAAUUGCAGAUAAGGACGUGCAUUUUCAGGUUCUUGUUGCUGGUCGCGAAGCAGUACUCGAGAAGAUCCAGAUAUUUCUAGUCUCCAAAGCAACAGCCCUUAGAUCUCGACCCUACUUGCCGUUCUUCCUGUUCCGUUUCCACCCCUUCUCUACAAAUCCCACUGCUUCAGAGCGCUCUAGAAGUACUUACAUACAUCCGUCCAACCAUACGGCUCUCCUGUCGUUCUUGGCAAACGCGCCGCAAGCCAUGCCUGAAAAAAAUGUCCGCUGUGCCCAUGUCGCGUGGCUGUUGCUGUCGCUCAGUCGGAUCAAAGUUAUCGUAAAAGUACAAUGCCUGGAACCAGGAAACGGCCAGAACACCUGCCUAGGUGUGAUAGGGAUUAAAAAAAAGCAAACAAGUUUCUUAAUUCUGCUAUCGUCAUUCACCAGAACAGCACCAUGCCAAAUACAGUUGCAUAGAAGCGAGAUAUAA